CAAUAGACAACCUUUAUAAAAAUGUAUUGAAUUGGAAUUGAUUCAUUAGUUGGAUUUUUUUUCGGGAAACAUUUUGUUUCAAUGAAGAAAGAUGGACUGUGUAACUGAAAUGUUUUGUGUAGGGGUAUACGUCUGUAAGAACACAAUUUAACAACACAAAAAUGGGGAUUUUUCUAAUCACAUAAUUUAAGAGUUUUUUUUUUCAGCAGAAAGCUGCAGCUUUUAUACGUAAUUGAGGAGAAAUGUUUAUAUUUCAAAAUCGAACUUCGAUUUUGGUUAAAUAUGGAUUUUUGUUAGAAUUAAACUGCAGCAGCUGUUAUCUUCAUACAUAUUGCAUGAGAAAAAUAUUCACAUUUCAACAGCUUUCAUCUCUGGGAUAACCUUGUAGUUUGUGAUUCCUAUGAUAGAACACUGGAGAAAACCAGAUUGAUUAAAAAUGUAAUAACAGAAUUCACAGGAAAUCCUCCGAAAGAUUAUCAGCACAUCCAUGGUGUAAAAACAGUGAUAGAGAAGUACCCUCAUCCAAAUAUUCACAGUGUACCUACAAGUAACACAGUACCAGUAGGACCUGGAGAUGUUUGGGAGAAAAUGACUGAUUGGGAUCAGUUAACUCCAGCAGAACAAAAUUCAGUUAAAAAUUUCCUUCUGGAAAGAUUUGCAGUUGAUGAUUUGGAAUUAGCAUAUGAUGAGUUUUAUCCCAAAUUUGGAAAGCUUCCAACAGUCCAUGAUUACAGAGUAUUUAUCCUGAACUGGGAAGGUAGGCGUCACAAGAGACGUUCUUUAGCUCAAAUGAAGCAAGAUCUUGAAACAAAAGAUGACAGUAUUCAGCAGCUAUCUAACCGUGAAAGUAAUCUACUUUUAUCUUUAAAUCAUACCGUCAUGCACAGUGUUAACCAACAGGAUCAGAUAAACAAUUUACUGGGUGAUAAUCAAUCUCUUCAGGAUGAAAAUAGUCUGUUAACUACUGUGAAGAAUCAGUUGAGUAAUAAUAAUCGUCAGUUACAAGAUGAUAAUAGGCAGCUUAGUAGUGAUAAUAGUAAUAAGGACAAAACAUUAGCUCAACAAGUUAGAGUUAAUUCAUAUCUGAGGAGAGAUGUGGCAACAAGAGAUGCAACCAUUGAGCAGAAAAAUGCACUGUGUUCUGAACUGAAAACUAAAACUAAACAAUUGAAAGCAGAAAAUACGGAUCUGAAGACAGAAAACACACAGAAAGAUGGCACAAUUUCACAAUUACAGACAGACAACACACAAUUACAGACAGACAACACACAAUUACAGACAGAAAACACACAGAAAGAUGGCACAAUUUCACAAUUACAGACAGACAACACACAACAAGUCAGCAAAAUUAAGAAUUUAAAUUCUGAAACAAAGAAUUUAAAGAAAGACAACAUAUUAUUGUAUCAGAAAUUACAAGAAACAACUGAAAUCUGUGAACAUAAGGACAGGCAGUUAAGAAUUCAAAAAAUUAAAGUUGAUGAAUUGCAAUACCAAAUGUCUGAAACUGGUGACAGAAUUGCUAGGUUAGAAAAAGUGAAUGAGGACAAAUGUGAUGAAAUAAAUAGACUAAUUGGUAAUAAUGAUGAGCAGGCUCAACAUAUCAGGGAGCAGAAUAGCACCAUCGAUGAUCUCAGACAUAGGUUACAGGAACAAGAGAGUAUCAACAGAGAUCUGUACUCACAGAUUGCUGAACUCAGGCAGCUAGUUCUAGCACAGAUAGGUGCAGCAGAAGAAUAAAGAUGUUAAUACCACAAGAUCAUACACAUGUAUAGUGCUAUACAUUUUUAAAUCAUAUUUGUUACAGUA